AUGGGUUGUGAUGCUACCUUUGCUGCUAGGCAUCUUACUGCACGAACAUCUAGACCAUCUACUCUGUCUUGUUCUACAUACACAGUACUGCAUUCAUCCUCAUCGCCCUCUUUACAGUCACGGUCAUCGCUCAAGCCAUUGUCUAGCCGACAUCCAAGUUUAGCUUCUGCCAGCAUAACUACUCGAGUCUUGUCAUCCAACACAGUUAUCCCUCGAUGCUCUUCCUUGUACACACAGUCAUCUGCUUGCACACAUAGACCUUUAUUACAACAGAAUCGAUGCUUUGUGUCUGCAUCAUCAGCAUCUCAUUCCAACUUUUAUCACAACCGAGUGUUGGAAAAAUAUGUGGAGCAGGAGGUUAAGCGAGUUACUUUGCGUCAGCUCUCUGUCUUUGGUCGCAAUUUUAAUCUAGAAAAAGUCUUGCGGUCAGCCAACUAUAUCCGAACAGAAUUGUCUGUACGCCUUGCUCAUAGAAUAUCUCGAUUCCAACAGCUCCCCUUUGUGGUUGGCACUAAUCCACACAUCGAGUUCAUAUACAAUCUUUAUUGGGAGGCAUUCGAAACAUUCAGAUCUAUGGCACCCAUCACGACCAUUGAACAGAAUAGAGAAUUAUGCGCCAUAGUUCAGUCCCUGCUUAAUGCACAUCUGGUUGCUAUUCCCGAACUGGCAUUGGGUAUUGCACAGUCUGAACAACACAUGACCACACAGGCUGCAGACAAAUUCAUCAACGAAACACUCAGAUCUCGUAUUGGCCGUCGUGUUCUUGCCGAGCAGCAUAUUGCCUUGUCCCAGGUAUUCGAUGGCACCAAAGAGGCUCAGCCAGACUGGAUUGGCAUUGUUAAUAUAAACUGUCAUGCUCGCGCAGCGGUAGAUAAAUGUGCUUCUCUAGCAGGAAAGUUGUUUAGACAGGCAUAUAACAUUGAACCUCCUGAAGUCAUCAUUGAUGGUUUUGAAGAUGCUACUUUUACGUAUAUUCCAGAUCAUAUCGAAUAUAUACUUUUUGAACUGAUAAAAAACAGCAUCCGCAUCUAUCUCUACAACCACAGGCACCACUGCUAUCCGAAACCAAUCUGCACAAAAUUGCCGCCAGUUCGCGUCACCAUUGGUAAAUCUGAUACACAUAUCAUGUUUCGUAUAUCUGAUCAAGGAGGUGGUAUCAAGCAAUCCUCGCUGCCCAAAGUGUGGUCAUAUUUAAACGAUUCGUCCAAAAAGCGGUAUCUUGAAUUUGACAAACUGCCUAUUAUAUCCCAAGCAACCAAAACAGAGUCAGUGUCCAUCUUGCCCUCGUGUGCAUUGCAUCUGGGACUGGGCCUGCCCAUGUCUCGUGUCUAUGCCAACUACUGGGGUGGAAAUAUCUCCAUGUAUUCGAUGGAGGGAUAUGGUACAGACGUCUAUGUAAGCAUCUCAAUUGGAAACCAAUGCGAGAAUCUGUUUGACGAGGUACCAACGGAUGUGUAA